UAUCCGAUCUCGGGUCUUGUGUUGUAUACAUUCAGCACAUCAGUGCAUCGGACAGUGUUUUCUCCCGUACAGAUACCCGUAUAGUUUAGGUACACACCAGAGAGCAGUGCGUUUAAAGAUAGCCGGUCACGGCGCAAAUGCUGCGUAGAACAAUGACUCCGAGCUGAUGAACGUGUUUUCAAAUAUUAUUUGUGUUUUGUUUCAUUAUUAUUUUUUUUUCAUUUUUUUUAUUUUUUUUAAUUUUUUUCUUCCACAAUGUGUAAAAUAAAUUCCCACCUAUAGUCGUGCGCGUGUGUGAAUGAAUUCGGUGCUGUGCUCCGGAGGUUCAGGAGAAUUUGGAUUUUUCCACGCACACCCGUGCAUCCGUACCUAACAUCGUCCGUGCGUGUUCACAAAAGAGAGAGAGAGAUGGGUCAGAAGAAGAAGCCGAGCCCGAGGCUGGAGGCGAGUUUUCUUAGCAGCUUGAUUUUUUGGUGGCUAAAACCUUUGAUCUACCGAGGAACGGCUCGCGACCUAACGAGCGAUGAUCUCCACGACGCACUCCCGACCGAUCUCAGCGAGCAGCUCGGCACACGACUGGAAAAACACUGGAAAAACGAGGUGGAGAACGCGCGGCAGAGCGACAGGAAGCCAAAGCUCGUCAACGCGAUCGGAAAGACGUUCGGCUGGUCGUACUUUUACUACGCCGGGCACAUGCUAGUGCUCAACUGCUUGAGGGUACUGCAACCGUUUGUGUUGGCGUAUCUGAUAGGCUACUUCGAGCACGAUUCCGGGACUACUCGAGCCCAGGCGUACUUUUACGCGUGUACCUUGGUAUUGAUGACUCUCGUGCACGGUAUGCUCAAGCACCACAUAGAUCUCGGCACCCUCGAGAUCGGUAUGCGCCUGAGGAUCGCCUGCUCGUCUCUGGUCUACAGAAAGGUAGUGCGGCUAUCGAGCAGCUCGGUGUCGUCGAGCAGCGCCGGUCAAGUGAUCAACCUACUGUCGAACGACGUGGCCAGGUUCGACCAGCUCUUCAUGUACCUGCACUACGUCUGGAUGACUCCGCUCGUGGGCUGCUUCAUCGCCUAUCUCAUCUGGCGCAGCGUUGGCCCGGCCGCUCUGGCUGGCGUCCUGCUCAUGACCCUCGAGACCAUACCCGUGCAAGUGUACGUAGGUAAGAUAACGUCGAGGCUGCGCGCCAAAAUAGCCACGAGAACGGACGAGCGGGUGCGACUGAUGGGCGAGAUCAUCCGGGGUAUCCACGUUAUCAAAAUGUACACCUGGGAGAAGCCCUUCGAGCGUCUCGUCUCGUUCGCUAGAAGGCACGAGAUCGACGUGAUAACGUCCAUGUCCUACCUGCGCGGUAUAAACACAGCCUCGAACGCCUUCAUCGAUCGCACGUGCCUGUACUUCACCGUGAUGGCGUACGCUUUGGUCGGUAACGCGAUAACGGCCAAAAUCGUCUUCUCGUUGGUCCAGUACUUCACGGUGCUCCAGAUAAUGCUCGCGUGGAACUAUCCGCGUGCCAUAUUCAAUGCUGCCGAGGCGCGGGUCUCCGUCAGGCGCAUCGAGAAAUUUUUGCUCAUGGAGGAGGUAAAAAUAAAGGCGCCGCUGUUGUCGGUCGAGGACAACGGAAGCAUAUCCCUGAAGAGCGCGACGGCUUCCUGGUCGAGCAACUCUAUCGUCAAUACCUUGCACGACGUUACUCUUCACGUUGCCCCCAAAAAGUUGCACGCCAUCGUUGGGCCCGUUGGCGCUGGUAAAACAUCCCUGAUCCAGCUGAUGCUGGGCGAGCUGCGAUCCUCGCGUGGCGAGCUCAAGAUCAACGGCACGAUAUCUUACGCCUCGCAGCGACCGUGGCUGUUCCCCGGCACUAUCCGCGACAACAUCGUCUUCGACCAGCUGUACGACGAGGCCCGUUACGAGGAGAUCCUCCGAGUCUGCUCUCUGGUGACGGACCUCGAGCGUUUGCCCAACGGCGACCGCACUUACGUCGGCGAUCGGGGAACCAACCUCAGCGGCGGCCAGUGCGCCAGGAUCAAUCUUGCCAGAGCCGUGUACAGGGACGCGGACAUUUACGUGCUCGACGAUCCGCUCGCCGCCGUGGAUCCGGUGGUCGGUAGAUGUCUCUUUGAGGUGUGCGUAAGCGGAUACCUGAGCGAGAAAACUAGAAUACUCGUGACGCACCAGGCACAUUGUUUGAGGGAGGCCGACGUGAUUUUUCUCCUCAACAACGGUAAACUCGAGUCUCAAGGAAGGUUGGAGGACUUUUCCGAAAAAGAACUCUCUUCCUUGAACAUCUUCGGGGAUGAAGAGGCAACCGGGGAUGAAGAGGUCGAGGAAGCCACUGAGAGUAAAGUCAAAGGGAACAACAUCGCGAGGAAAGAUGAAGACGCGGAUGGAGAGGCGGAGGAGACCGCGGAGCUCAUAGCCAAGGGGAAGAUGCGGACUUCGAUUUUCUCGAGAUACUUUGAGAGUGGAAACAGUCGUUUUUUGAUCGCCAUCACGGUUUUAUUCUUCGUUGUCGCCCAGACAGUCAGAAGCGGCUCGGAUUAUUGGCUUGCGUAUUGGACGAGACAGGAAGAGUUGCGCUAUGACGCCACGAAGAGCUCGAUGCCAGUCGAUCCAACUGGAGUUUCGUUUCCCAAUGCGACCGAAACAAGUGUCUCGCCUAACGCAACCACGGUAACUUCCAUAUUGAACUCUACUCAGGCUCUGGUAUCUACCACGAUGCAAAGUAUACUUCCAAACGUAACCGGAAGCUGGUCAACAACGACCACCAGAUCAUUAUCCAAUGUGACGAAAACUUUGAUGCCGACUGUUGCAACCAGCUUAGGGUCCAACGUGACCAGCACUGUAGCCACUUUACUACCCAACACAACGGAGAGACUAGUAUCGCUGAACGGAUCGUUAAGCGCUGGGCCAGAGUCCUUGGAUUACCUGGACGUGAACGCGGCUCUGAUAAUUUACGGCCUCGUACUCGUGGGCUGCAUCGUCACCGCAAUCGUCAAAGUUUUGCUGCUCUACAAGCUCUGCAUGAACUCCAGCCGGGCCAUUCACGACGAGAUGUUCUCGUGCGUCCUGAAAGCUCCCAUGCGAUUUUUUGACAAGCAAACUUCUGGACAAAUUCUCAAUCGGUUCUCAAAGGACAGCGGCGCCAUGGACGAGGUUCUGCCCGUUACUAUACACGAGUCCGUCGAGGUGUUUUCCGUCAUUCUCGGUGUCAUCGCGCAAAUCAUCAUCGUUAACUGGUGGUCCGUUUUGGCCGUCGUCUUCACUGGUUACCUGUACUGGAAGUUGAAAAACGUAUACGUACCCACUGCCUACGGAAUCAAACGGCUAGAGGGAGCUGCCAAGAGCCCGGUACUGUCGCACGUGACGGCGACCCUGGAGGGCCUAGCGACAAUUCGCUCGAGUCGGGGCCAAACAACGGCCUGCCGGCGCUUCGACGCCCGCCAAGAUGCCCACACGCGCUCUUAUUUCUUGAACAUUGCCGUAGCCUCGGCCUUCGGGCUGUGGCUUGACCUUUGUACCGUCAUCCUGGUGGCUUUUGUCACCCUCGGCUGCGUCUUCGGAUCCGACCGAUCAGGCAUACACGCUGGUAGUGUUGGUCUAGCGAUCACGCAGAUUAUGAUGAUGUGCGGCAUGCUGCAGCGCGGUAUCCGCCAGGCCGCCGAAAUGAUGACGCAGAUGACGAGCGUCGAGCGGAUCCUCCAAUUCACCCAGUUGGAACAGGAGGAGAGCAUCAGUAGCGGCGCGGCCCCAACGUCGAAACCACCAGCCAGUUGGCCGAGCCGCGGCCGUAUCGAGUUCCGGGACUUUAGUUUGCACUACAACGACAACAAGGACGAUCUCGCGUUGCGCGACGUUAACCUCGUCAUCGAGGCUGGCAGCAAGGUUGGCAUCGUGGGGCGCACGGGUUCCGGGAAGUCCUCCUUGAUCACGGCGUUGUUUCGACUGGCAAGGUCCGAGGGCCAGGUGUUGAUCGACGAGCUCGAUACCCGCGGGGUCCGUCUGGCCGAGCUGCGCAAGCGAAUAGCCGUCAUACCGCAGGAGCCGGUGCUGUUCUCGACCUCGUUGCGCGACAAUCUCGACCCGUUCCACGAGUUCGAGGACACGAGCCUCUGGGCGGCCCUGGAGGACGUGCGCUUGCACAAGGCCUUUGUACCCCUCGACCAUCCGAUCGAGUGCGGCGGUCGAAACCUGAGCGCUGGCCAGAGACAACUGUUGUGCCUGGCACGUGCUCUGGUGAAGCGAGCCAGGAUAUUGGUUCUGGACGAGGCGACGGCCAACGUCGACCCAGCAACGGAUGCCCUUCUGAGGGAGACGAUACGCACCAAGUUUGCCGAGUGCACGGUGCUGACUGUGGCGCACAGGCUGGACUCGGUCAUCGACAGUGACCUCGUGGUUGUCGUGGAUGACGGUCGAGUGGUGGAGUACGGACAGCCGCGUUCGUUGCUUGCCCAGGAGGACGGGCUGUUCCUCAGGAUGGCUGGGCAGGACGGAGAUGCGGCCCUCGAGCAUUUGAGGAAGACCGCCGAGGAGACUUACCUAAGGCUGAAUAGUGAAAAAUUGACAGCUGCUGACGAACAGCGGACGAACGGAGUCGUAAAGAGCAAUGCUGCCGAUAAGACUGCGAUUGGUUCGGUAAAGGAGCCAUGAAACAAUUAACAAAACGAACUUUUAUUACUACAACGACAGGGAAAGAUAUACCUAUGUGAUGCAUUUUAUCCUAAAACUGAUAGUGAGCGCCGCUGCUGAUGAUGCGUGUUUCGAUUUUUUUUUUAAUGAAUCCUGUAUACAUACUGCGGUAUGUGUGUUUUUAAGAUAUUUUGCGAUUGGAUGGAAUGCAGUUUUUAAAGACAAUACUUACA